AUGCCUAUAUUUAGCUACAUUCAGUCGGCCGAUAGCUUUAUCAGUCUCGCUAAGAAAGGCUACGAGGCCUACAGUGAAUCACAAUCUGACGUCUCCAAGACCGGAGGACAAGAAUAUAAUACCCCUCAUCACUCAGGCCCACCUACUGGUAGCCCGUCAUUUGACGACGACGAGGUCGUGAGAACAGCAGAGAAACAUGGAUCGGCUGAUUCGUCUGUAUUUUCCUCCGCAUUGAGCUUUGUCAAGCAGAACGUUGGAGAGCACAACCAGCCCAUCGACGAGGAUCACGUCACCAAUGCUCACAAGAAGGCCUAUGAGGAAGGCUCUGCAAGCUCACUCAGCGCCAACUCUCUUGGCAGUGCAGCCGCUCUCCAGGCUCUCAAGAAGUUCACCUCUGGAGGCAGCUCCAGCGGCGGUUCCGGGUCUCAAACUGAGCUUAUCAGUCUCGCAAUGGCAGAAGCCACCAAACUAUUCGAAAAGUCUGGAGGUGCAGCUUCUGGGAACAAACAGGAUGCUGUGAAUGGUGCGGCUAUGACCGUCAUGAAGCUGUUCGUGCAAUCAAAGAUGGGCGGUUCGACUACCGGUGGAGCCAACUCUGGUGGUCUAUCGGGACUGCUCAGUCUUGUGAGUUCUUGA